UGAUUGCAGUCAUGUGGUCGUGAGAUACCCGUGAGAGUUGUUUGACCUUAUUGUGUGUCUAAAGUCUAACCAUCGUUUUCAGUAGGUCAAGGUGUAACUUAUUUAACAAAGGAAAACCCUUUGUUAUACCAUCACAAGGCAGUUUUUAAAGCAUUUCCCUAAGGGGUCUGAAAUGAGUGGUGAAACAAAAUAUUGGGUGGAGUUUUGUUACAUUGACGUAGUCCUUUCACAGAUUUCAGAGAGCCAGCUUUAUUACCUUACCUUUUGUUUUUUUAAUCUAGGGUAAGUACGAGUCUUGGUCACGUCACUCCCAAGAGGCUAGGGGCACCAAGAGUAUAUUUACUGUGCCACUGUGAUCUUCUCGUCUCAAUCGAGGAAAGACAAGCCGGACAGAGACAACAUGAAGAUGCAGAUGUUGGUGGUGUUGGCUGUAGCAGCCUUGGUCCCCAGUCUGUCUGAGGGACGGAUCCUCUCCAAAUGUGAGCUGAAGAACUUGUUGGAGAAGCAGGCCCUCAAAUUCAACCUGACUGGGGGAGCCGGAGUGAAGAACCUGACAAACAACGAUUUUGUGGCUAAAAUCGUCUGCCACGUGGAGAAGGCCUCAGGUUUCAACACCAGUUUUGUGACUGUUUGGAGGGAUGAUGACGGCCCUGAUGUCCUUCCUACCCGCCCUGCUAAGGUUACUGGCCGCCAUCGCCCCGAGCCCCCUCGUAGAAGGGGUAAGAGACAUGCAGGGGAUGAUGUUGACCCUACCCACACUGCUAACAAUGAUAACCAUCCUACCCGCCCUAACCAAACUACCUAUAUUACCCGCCCUAACUAUCCUACCACGCCUACCCGCCCUAACCAUCCUACCCCUCCUACCCGCCCUAACCAUCCUACCCGCCCUAACUAUCCUACCUAUCCUACUCGCCUUACCCUUCCUACCCGCUCUGAGCCCCCUCCUAAGAGGGGUAAGAGACACGCUGGGAAUCACUUCACCUCAGGAGAGGAAGACUCCAGCGAAGAAGAGACCAUGGGAACCCUCUACGGCUUGUUCCAGCUGAGCGAUCAUGUGAUUUGUUCCUCGGGCUCAACGCCAUCGCUGAACCUUUGCCAGAUGAACUGCAGUGCUUUGAUUGACGACAACAUAAGUGAUGACUUAAACUGUGUGGCGACUAUCAAACAGACAAUGGAAAGUGGUCGCGGUCAAAAAACAAUGGCUCUAAAGAGAAUGAUCGAUCUGCUCUUCCAGAAGGAAUGUCUCGCGACGGUGGCCUCUAGCUACUUCUCCAAGUGUUGAAGUGUUGCGAUGUUCGACGACAAUCCCCCAAUUGCAAAAAGAUCUGAAUUGGGCUGCCUGUGUAAAUACAGCCAUGGUGUGUAACAAUUAGUCCUCAUCAGCUUCAUGUUAACAAAGUACACCGGAAUAGAAUGUAGCAUGUAGAAAGAAUAAAAAUGAACAUUACAUUCA